UUAAGAACGUGUUGCUGCAGACAGCGCUGACGUUUGUCAGACACAGCAAAAAACGAUAUACGCUUCAUCUGCCAGUCAGCGAUCGAAUCUUUUGUGCGCUGUAAAAUUAUACAUACCCGCUGGCCGCCACUUGUUAUCAUUCGGAUGACAGAUUCCGACAGAGAAAGAAUUCAUCGGCCAUCUGGCAAGUUAACUGCAUACUUUGAUGCAGAGAUGUGUUAGACGAAUGUAGUUUAAGAACAUCAAAAUGACAGUGUAUACAAGCGGAGAGCAAUAUUCAGUUUGGGUUGGCCUUAUCUAUGUCUUCAAUCUGAUCGUCGGUACUGGAGCAUUAGCACUUCCAGCAGUUUUUAGCCGAGCAGGAUGGCUUCUUGGAUCAGGUGUUGUUCUUAUUUUGGCAUUCAUAAGUUUCAUGACAGUGACAUUUGUUGUGGAAACUAUGGCUUCUGCAAAUGCCAUAUUAACUUGGAGAAAAAGCCAACAACGCAAAAGAGUAGGUGUUCCUCAAGACUCGGACUCGGCUAUAGGACCAGAGUCAGAGGCAAUGCAAGCUUUAGGAGAUGCAGGGCAGUCAAAUUCAGAUUCCGAAGAUACUCCUCUUGUUGAUCGUGGUAGUUUAACAAGUCGUUAUUAUGCUAUAGAUGAAAGAAUAGAAUUAGGAGAGAUGGCUUCUAUCUUUUUUAACAAGUUUGGAGUUACAUUAUUUUAUGUAUGUUUGGCUGUUUAUCUUUACGGUGAUUUGAGUAUAUAUGGAACAGUUAUAGCCAAAUCUGUUGCUGAUGUAUCUUGUACUUAUGUUCCUGAAAAUUUUACUUGCAAUACAACCAUCCCAGAUACUGAACUUUGUUGGCCGAAUUACAAUAUUAAUAGAUUAGAUGCUUACAGAAUAUUUUUGACUGGAUUCAUACUAAUGCUAGGUCCAUUUGCAUUUUUCAAUGUGCAAAAGACCAAGUAUUUACAAAUGUUUACCUCACUUAUGAGAUGGAUGUCUUUUUCAAUAAUGAUUAUUUAUGCUAUAAGAAAAAUUGUUGUUGAUGGUCCAGAAGGCACUCCAAAAGAGUCCAAUUUAAAAGGAUUGCCUGGUCUAUUUGGUGUUUGUGUUUACUCCUUUAUGUGUCACCAUUCUCUACCAGCAUUAAUAGCUCCUAUUUCAAACAAAUCUAAGCUCUAUAAGUCUCUAAGCUUAGAUUUUAUCCUAAUUUCUUGCUUUUAUCUUUUACUAGCCAUUACAGGCGUUUUUGCCUUUAGAGAGCUAGAUGAUCUUUAUACUUUGGAUUUUGUCCCAAGAAACUGUUCCACCAGUCAAAAUAUCCUAUUGACUCUUAUGGAAUAUUUCCUCGCUCUCUUUCCGGUUUUUACUUUGAGUACAAGCUUUCCUGUGAUAGCGAUUACUCUACGCAAUAAUCUUCAGUCGCUCUUUUUGCGCGAAGAUCAAACUCAAGAAUACUGUCUAUGUCUGCGCAAACUAGUCUUUCCAGUAUUAGCAGUUAUACCGCCAUAUCUCAUAGCAAUGAGUACGACAAAUCUGUCUGUACUGGUCAGCAUAACGGGAUCUUAUGCGGGUGCGGGUAUUCAGUAUUUAAUACCGACAUUUUUAGUUUUGAACGCCAGAAGACAGACCUCCCAAAUAAUCGGUCAAGGGGUAAUGAAUGAAUACUCCAGUCCGUUUGCAAAUAUUGCGUGGAUUAUUUUUAUGGUCAUAUGGUCUGUCUUCUGCAUGUUGCUCGUUUCAAUUAAUUUCAUUGAAACCCACAUGAGUUCUGGUAUCAGUGAUAUCCGAAGUUGGGUAAGCGAUACACAAAUUACGACAUAAUUUACAAUAAGCUUAGCUUUUAUUUCGUACAUUUUUACUUGGCUAUUCCAAGAUUUUGACAAAUAAAUUUUGUCUUUAUAAUCCUUUUAAUGUGAUUUCAAACAUAAAUUCAUGAUUAUAGUUUAAUAAUGAAUAACUUUUGAUGUUUUAUGAAUCAAAAAAUAUUUAUGAAAAGAUAUCAUUUUGAAUCGUUGAGAUUGUUUAAUAUUUCAAAUGAUAAAUCCCAGAAGAUUUCAAAAUCUUGAAUAUUGUUCCCAUUCGACAAAUUAUUUUUCUGUGAUAAAAAUAUGACUAAAUAAAACUAAAGAAUUGAAAGUAAAAAAAUCGCGAAGAUAACUCAAUUGAAUAUUUAGACAGGGUUGUAAUUAAUUAACUUUUGACUCAAUUCUAAAAUAAUUCACACAAAUUAAAGCGUCAUACGUUAUAACUUCCAAGACAAUAAUAUUCACCAAAAUUUUCCAUUUUAAUUGUAUCGCUUUUUUACCUAGGCUUAAUAAAAGUACUGAAUGUAAAUUAGUUUUUAAUUGUUAUUUUAAAUGAGUUCAAGGCUGCUUUCUCUUGUUUCAAUUACUUUACUCAAAUUGAAGUUACUAAGUUUAAUUAGUAUAUAUUAAAAUCAAAUUAUUAAAGGUGCAUUAUCGUGUAUAAUGUUACAAAUAACAGUCAUAGAAACGCGCCAUGUGAAACUAUUUUAUGCAUUGAAAAUACUUCUAUUGAAGUUGAGUAGCUUGCUUCGAAUAUAAGUACAAUACUUUGAAAGGGUAUUUUUGAAUGAAUUUAAAUGAAUACUACAUACAAAUUUGAAAUAUAAAAAGUAAAUUUUUAGAAUCUAUAUAUUUUGAUAAGUAAAUAUCAAAAAUAUAUCCUUUAUAUCUGCAUUUAUCAUUCAUUAGUUAUUUACGGCAAUGUUCAAUUUUAUAAUUUUAAAAUGUAAAUUAAUAUCUUUAGUUUAUGUAUAAAUUCUAGUUACUGAUUCGAUAAAAAGACAAGAAAUUGUCAAAGAAAGUUGAUGUAACUAACUAAAUCUUGUAAAUAAAAGUGCUCUUUUAUCUUUGCGCAUGACGUCGAUAAAUAAAGUUACAUGAAAUACGAAUAUUGUAAAAAAGCAUGUAUAUUUUUCAACUGGAACAUGUAAUAAAAAAUAAUACUGAAA